ACCUAUUUAAGCGAAUCGCAGCUCCCAUCCCUCUGUAAUUUUUUGGGCGCGUUUGAGUGAUCGGGAAUCGGAGCGGAGGAUCGGAAAAAUGGGCAACUUCGACGGCGAUUCUGGAACGGUUUUCGAGCAGAGCUACGCGACCACGAACGGAGGCGGCAAGCUGGCCAACGGAAACGGGGCGGCGCACUUCAGUCCUCCGGAGAAGGAGGAACUCCUCAGCCAGCGGAAGUUCUCGGCGCCCGCAUACACUGAGAUUCGCACGCGACGCUGCCAUGCGAAGCCUGCAGUCGACGCCAAGAGUCCCAGCUUGAUUAACUACCAUCCGGAAAAGAAGUCGCUCCCCAAUGGACAUGCCUCCGUUCUGCGCGAUGAGGAUCAUGAGUCUAAGCCCAACCAGGCGGAGGGCAAACUCUCGCCGGAACUCGAGCACUUCCAGAAGACCUCCUUCGAGGAGGUGCCUCUGCACACGGCCUGCCUAACGUACCUGGGAUUCUAUCUUCUGAUGAUUCUGGGCUACAUCAACCAGUUGCUCUUUGUGCCCAAGGUGGCCACCGAGAAGGGACGCGAAGGCUAUGUAGCCCUGUACGACGCCUUCGAAAGCUUCUACUCGAGGUACGUUUACCGGAGGAUCAAGGAUUGUUGGAACCGACCCAUCUGCAGUGUUCCGGGAGAUGAGCUCACCUUGAAGGAUAGAGUGACCGAUGAUUAUGGUUGGAGUUUCAAAUUUACCGGAACAGAGACCCGCUGUUUGAACCUGGGAUCCUACAACUAUCUGGGAUUUGCCGCCGCCACUGGCCGAUGUGCUGAUGAAUCGGAGGAAAAGGCUCGGGAGUCUGGGUUGGCCUACUGCAGCUCCCGCUGUGAGCUGGGUGAUAAUGAACAGCUGCGUGAGCUGGAGGCCCAAACCGCCAGAUACUUGGGCGUGGAGGAUGCCAUUGUCUUCGGCAUGGGUUUUGCCACGAAUGCAUUGAACCUACCCUCGCUCAUAGGCCCCAAUAGCUUGGUGAUCAGUGACGAGAAAAACCACGCCUCUAUCAUUCUGGGAUUGCGUUUGUCGGGAGCCACCACCAAGGUCUUUAAGCACAACAACAUGCGCGAUUUGGAGCGAGUCCUGCGCCAAGGCAUUUGCUAUGGUAAUCCCAAAAAGGGUGGCCAGCCGUGGGACAAGGUCCUGAUCUUGGUUGAGGGCAUAUUUAGCAUGGAAGGUUCUAUUGUCCGCUUGCCCGAACUCAUUGCCCUGAAAAAGAAGUACAAGGCUUACUUAUAUCUGGAUGAAGCACACAGUAUUGGUGCCAUGGGCUGCCGAGGACGUGGAGUUACGGAUUACUUCAAUGUGGAUCCGAACGAUGUGGACAUCCUGAUGGGCACAUUCACAAAGAGUUUCGGCAGUGCUGGUGGCUAUCUGGCCGGAUCAAAGAAACUGAUCGACUUCCUCCGGACCAACAGCCAUGCCCACUGCUAUGCUGCAUCGAUCUCGCCGCCCAUUGCCCAGCAGAUCCUAACCUCCAUGAAGACCAUUAUGGGUGAGGAUGGCACCGAAAUUGGCCGCCAGAAGAUACAUCAGCUGGCAAGGAACACGCGCUACUUCCGUCGACGCCUGGCUCAGCUAGGAGUAAUCACAUAUGGCCAUGAGGACUCCCCAGUGGUGCCCAUGCUGGUCUACCUCUUUUCCAAAAUUGGCGCUGUGGUUCGCACCUUGACUACUCGGCAUAUUGCCGCAGUGGGUGCUGGAUUCCCUGCCACGCCCAUUAUGGAAGGUCGCAUCCGCUUCUGCCUGUCGGCCGCCCACACCAAGGAGCAGCUGGACUUUGCCCUGGAAGCGAUAGAUGAAAUCGCCGAUGAUCUGGGCCUUAAGUAUUCGCGCAAGCCACGCGAUCCGAAUCCCGUCGUGUACUAGAAGCACAUGCACGCACAUAGGUGAUAAGAUGGGGUAAUAGGUAGACUACCCGAUAGUUAGACCAAAACUAAAGUACAGUCCAGAGUAUGCUAGAUUUAUCACAAACGUUGGGUUACGUUUACCAAGUUUCAGUCGCACUAGGCUUCUAUUUAUGACUAUUCCCUGGGAAUAUCCCCUGAAAGGGAGGAUCACUACGGCGAAAGAAACAAAAAGUACAGCACCUAGCUUAAAGGAUAAAUAUUAUUAAUUAUUUAGCAUUUAUCUCUACAUAGUUCUUAUUGUAAUUGUAAACUCCAACUGUCUUCUUCAGCCAGCAGCUGUAUUUUGUGUAUUUUAAGAUCGGCAAAUGGCUGCGAAAUGUAUUAAGCAAAUCAGUUUUUGGUUACAUUCAGAGCUAAGCUAAGGGAACGGAACCCAGUUUUUCGUGGGACAGUCGAGCACCUCGCUUCAUUUAAGUCAUUUGAGCUGGGCCAAACAAAACGCUACAGCGACAUAAUUGUAUUACGCCAUUUUGUAAGACCGCCUAGGGCCGAAGAGUUGGGCCAAGGUUUGAGGCAAUGUCAGGAACGUAUGUAUGUAUAAUGAUUAUGUAUUAAUGAUUUUAUUUUUCUAUCAAGAAAUAAAUAACUGUUGCUUUAUCUA